AAAACUUCGUCAAGGUCGCGCCCAGCAGUGCUUGUUCAACCUGUCCUUAUCACUGCUCCUGUCAAUGCUGGUAUUCCUGGUCGGAAUUAAACAAACACACAGUUACUUUGGCUGUAUAACUGUAGCCGUGCUUCUUCAUUACCUCAUUCUGGUCUCGUUCAUGUGGAUGUUGAUGGAAGCAAUACUGCAAUACCUUACAUUCGUCAAGAUACUAGGAACCUAUAUUACGCGAUUUACGCUGAAGACUGUACUUCCGGCCUGGGGAUUACCGUUGAUACCGGUCGUUGCUGUCCUUGGCGUAGAUUACACCCUCUACAAGGGUGGACCAAAUUAUUGCUGGAUGGACCUUCCCGCCUUUUACUACGCCUUCGCCAUCCCUAUAACAUGUAUUAUUGUUAUAAACAUUAUAAUCUUCAUAGUAACCAUUGUCAGUAUCUUCCGGCGAGGAAAAGGGUUGCGUAGCAACCAGAAGAAACAGAAAAUGGCGAUGACUAACCUACAGGCCGCCAUUACCAGUUUUAUUUUACUUGGAUUAACAUGGGUAUUCGGAUAUCUCGCCAUUUCGGAUGCCCGUCUGACAUUCCAGUACGUGUUUACGAUUCUGAACUCACUUCAAGGAUUCUUCAUCUUUAUACUGUUUGUUGUACGUAAGAAGAAAGUACGUGAACAGUGGUACUUUAUCUGCUGCAAGGGCGUGGAAAAGGAUCGUGUGUCAAGGUCACUCUCAGCAUCGAACUCGAUACCCAGUACAUACAGUAACGGAAGUCGCAAAGAUGGCCGCGAGAGAGAUAGGUCUGACAGUACUAAAACAGUGACCUCGACAUAUUCGAACUCUUCAAAUGGCUACACCAACUAUGGAUACGAUCACGCAUACGAUUUCCCGUUUAAUAGAUACGAUCGUAGAGCUUUCAAAAAGUUUUGAAACAACCUAUCUGUGUGUUGUUUCUUUUUUGUAGAAAAAAGAUGUCUUUACACGGAAAGCAUUUUUUAAACACGAAAUGCUGUUUACCGUGUAAUUGUUAUUAUCUUUAAGAAGCAUCAUCAAAAAUGAAAAUAGAGCCAUUUUGUCGCUUAAAUUUUGUCGUGGUUUGGACAAGGAAAGUUGAUUUAGAUAUUAGUACAUAUUUAUUUGUAUUUGAAUAUAUACACAUGGAGAGAAACGUGUUUAAGAAUAGUAAAAAAGGUUUUCAGGUUUUUUUUGGGGGGAAAGGGUCGCAUUGUGGGGAUGGAGGGAUAAAAGAUGAAGAAAAAAAAUUUUUUUUAACCCUUUAAUAUCUUUAUGAUGAAUGUCGGGAGAAGAGCAGCGUGUUUCUAUUUAUUUAUCUUAAUUAACAAAAAACUUACGUAAGAAUGCAAUAAAACUUCUUUUCCCCAUGUCAAAUGAUCGGUAAUAUAACAGACAUUUUAAGUAUUAAACAUUGAUUCAUUUUCAUGUGUGUUAAAUGUGAAUAUCGUGUUGACUUGUAAUCGCUGUAAAGGCAACAAUAUGUCCAUUUAUUUUUGAAUUGAAAUUAAAAUUUUGGCAAAACCUUUGCUUUCAGACGUUCACAGAAAUCUUUAAAUUUAGACAUGUAUGUUGAGCCCUAAACAAAAAGCUUGAUAAAUAAGAAAUGUGAUGUAAAGUCUGAGUCACUUAAUUUAUAAUUUCAAUGCGUUUUGUUUUUCAUGUAAUGUUGAUGCGUUUUAACUAGUCUGUCUUUAAAUGUCUCAUUUUUUUACCCCAUUUGUGAUAUUAUUGACUAUUUUAUUUGAAUUAAAACUUUGUUUUAAUUUUUUGUGUGCUAUGUACAUAGAAGCUAGGCGUUAUUAUAUUGUAUAAUGUGUUUGUAUCAUUUUAAUUGUUUGACCUUCUGUAUGCAUGUUCAUCAGUUUGUCUGGUACAUGUAUAAAUGAGCCGCGUUAUGACAAAACCAACGUAAUGGGUUUGCGACCAGCAUGGAUCCAGACCAGCCUGCGCAUCCGCGCAGUCUGAUCAGGAUCCACGCUGUUCGCUAUCAGUUUCUCUACUUGUUAUAGGGUUUGUAAGCGAACAACAUGGAUCCUGAUCAGGCUGCGCGGAUGCGCAGGCUGGUCUGGAUCCAUGCUGGUCGCAAACCCAUUGUGUUGGUUUUGUCGUAACAUGGCUCAAAUACUUUUCACACAGCAAUUAUUUUUUCCCCUGGCCGCCAUUUUGAGGGUUAUUUCCAAUAUAUAGUAUAUGCCUAAGAUGAGGUAAAAAUAUUUCAUAAUUCCAUCAUUUUCAUGAAAACUGAUAAAAAUAUUUUACAUAUUGGUGCAUAAAAAAAUUCGGCUUAAUUAGCUGUUUUAAUUGAUUAUUUUAUAUUUUGUCAAUUUUGUUAUUAUAGAAAAUUGACUCCUAAAAUGGCUGCCACUUUUAGCAAGGGGUUAAAAUAUUGUUAAAGUCGGGAACUGUCUAUUAAGAUGAAAAUCAGUAAAUUUAAGUCAAAUUUAAGCGCUAACAGUUUACUGACAUGAAAUUUCAAACAAUUAAAAGAAAAUAAAUAACAUAAAAAAGUGUUCUAAAUAUUUGUUUUUACAUUUUAUAUUCUUUUUUUCCUUCAUAGACAGACAGUACAUGUUUGAUGAAAUUCGUUUUUAGCAAUAAAAAGUGCUUUAAAAGUGCUUAACUUAAGUAAAACCAUUUGGAGGAAGAUAUUCUUUAACGAUGUAAUAUUCCAUUAUCCCGGAUGUUGUCUCAAUGUUUAAUUAUUCUAUUUAUAGAUUUUGUUUAAAUGCUUAUUUAAGUGUUUUCACUAUGUUUUGUUUUCAAUUUUGUUUUACUCUUGAUUAUAACCUCGAAUAGAUUUUUUCGUUAUUUAACACUUCUUUUGUCAGCCGUGAUGUUAAAAGAUUUGUUAAAGCCAAUUUUUACAAGUAUUGAUUUAAUAUUGUAGAAGUACUCGAUUACAUAAUUCUUUUUUUAUACACAAGAGUUGUUCCCUUUGAAAUAUUUUAAUAUUUAUUAUUAACAUGGCGACUGACAAACGAAGUUAUGUUUCGACAUCUAACAGAAAGCAUUAGAUUGUACAUAGAUCAAAUAUAGUGAUACUUUUAUGAUUUUAAUAUGAUUAAUAAAUAUCAUUGUAAAAAAGUCACUU